AUGGCCUGCAGUAGAGCAAUGGUAGCCCUGAUGGGGCUUGUCCUUGCCGCGCUGCUCUUCCCAGCGGCUUUGUCGUCCAGGCGGCCGGAUCAGCUUAUCUCCAUGACCACCGAUGGCCAGUACCAUAGUACACGUCCAGUAGUGACCAUAGCCGACGGUCUCACUGCGGACUACCAUGACGUGUCGUGCCCCGAUCUGCAGGGCAUCGUGCGCACCGCCGUGGUAGAAGCCCUACAGGGAGAUAUCACCAUCGCCGCUGACCUCCUCCGUAUGUUCUUCCACGACUGCUUCCCGCAGGGAUGCGAUGCGUCGAUUCUUCUGCUGGGAACUCCAUGGAGUGAGAUGAGAAUGCCGCCGAACCUGUCUCUAGAUAUCAGGCGGAAAGUGGCGUUCCUCAUGGAGGACAUCCGCGCCAAGGUGCACGAAGCCUGUGGGCCCACCGUCUCCUGCGCCGACAUCAUGGCCCUUGCCACUCACGACGCCGUUAUAGCGUCGGGUGGCAAACCUUACCAUGUGCCACUCGGUAGGCUCGACAGCUUCGAGCCCGCGCCGCUGAGGUUCGUCGAGGAGCUCCCGCCCCCCACCUUCAGCAUUGGCCAGCUUAUAGCUGCCUUCAAAAGCCGCAGCCUCGACGAGAAAGACCUCGUGGUGCUCUCUGGUGCGCAUACCAUUGGGAAAGCUCAUUGCGCCACCUUCAGCGACCGUUUCCCCAACUCCGACUCUGAUGACUUUGUCCGAAGGCUACAAGAUAACUGCACCGCCGACGUGAACCGGCGUCAGGACCUUGAUGUUACCACCCCGGAAAAGUUCGACAACAAGUACUACAUCAACCUCAAGCAGGGGAAGGGGGUUCUUACAUCCGACGUGCAACUCCUCCUCAACGAGACCACCCGAGGGUACGUGAACGACUUCGCCGACAACGAGUGGUGGUUCUGGAACCAGUUCGGCAGCUCCAUGAGCAAGAUGGGGAUGCUCCAGGGACCUCAAGGAAACGUCGGCCGCAUCCGCCAGCAGUGCUACUAG